AUGGGUAGUGUCUGUUGUCGAGAUGACUCAAGAUUAUAAAAAGGUUAUCUUUUCAAUAGCAUUGUAGAUGAGUUAGAUACCUCGCCUAAUCCUGAUGCCACAAAGCCUCCAGAAUAAAAAGUCUCACUUUCCUAAUAAGGAAGCAAAAAAUCAUAAGUUGAAGAAAUUCCAGUUUAAGUUGAGAAUAAAUAAUGUGAAUAUGUUUUAGAAAGUGAACCUCAUAAUGAACCUGAAUAAAAAUAACCUAUACCUUUCAAAGAAGAAUUACCUAGAAAUUCAGAGAUUAUUUAAUCACAAAAAAAGACAAAUGAACAAAGUAGAAAUGAGUUACUAUUAUUUAGAUAAAGGUGAGGUAAUGAAAGGGAGUUUGGAGGCAGAUUCAAAAUCUAAAAAAAUAAUAAAAUUGGGGUUUGAUAUAUUUGUGAAAUAAAAGGAAGGCUCAAUAGGAUUACAUUACAAUUUUGGUAAAGUUUUAGGUUAAGGUGCUUUUGGUAAGGUAUGGAAGGUGACUCAUAAAACUACUGGGUUGAUUAGAGCAAUAAAAUAAAUAAAAAAGAGUUCAAUAAUUAAAGAAGAAGAAUAAAGAUUAUUUUCGGAAAUGAAUAUUUUAAAAAACUUAGAUCAUCCUCAUAUUGUUAAAUUAUUUGAAUUAUAUUAAGAUGAGAAUAAUUAUUAUUUAGUAACUGAGUAAUUUUAUUAUAAUAUAUAGAUAUUUAUCAGGAGGAGAGCUAUUUGAUAGGAUAAAAAAGAUGUCUUCAUUUAGUGAGAGUAUUGCAGCAGAUUAUAUUCGAUAAAUUUUAUUGGCCACAUUAUAUUGUCAUGAAUAAAAUAUUGUACAUAGAGAUUUGAAACCAGAAAAUAUUAUAUUUAUAAGUGAAGAUCCAUAAUCUUAACUCAAAGUAAUUGAUUUUGGAACAUCUCGAAAAUUUGACAAUUAAAAAGUGAUGAGCAAAAGGCUAGGAACAGUAUUUCAAAAAAUCAUCAUAUUUAUAGCCAUAUUAUAUAGCACCUGAAGUUCUUGGACAUUCUUAUACUGAAAAAUGUGACAUUUGGUCUUGUGGAGUAAUCUUGUAUAUUUUAUUAUGUGGAUAUCCACCAUUUGUGGGGAAAACUGAGAAUCAAAUAUUAGAAAGAGUUAAAUUAGGCAAAUUUACUUUUGAUCGUAAAUUAAAUAUAGUAAUUAAUGUAGCUGAGGAUUGGGAUACAGUUUCUAAAGAAGCAAAAGAGUUUAUUACAAAAUUACUUAGAAUGGAUCCAAAUAAAAGGUUAUCUGCUAAAUAAGCUUUAGAAGAUCCUUGGCUUAUUAAGUAUGCCCCAUCAACAUAAAUCAACAAAAAAGUUCUAAAUAAUUUAAGAUAAUUUUAAGUAUCUUUAAGGAUGAUUUAUUGAUAGGCAGAAACCAUCUUAAAGUAAGCUUUAAUGUCAUAUAUGAUUACAUAAAUGUCUACUUAAAAAGAAUUAUAAGAUUUAUAAGAGGAAUUUCAAAGAUUAGAUGAAAAUAAUGAUGGUUUUUUAUCCAAAGAUGAAUUAUUGAAAGGAUAUAUUCAAAUAUAAACAGAUUCAAAAUUGGCAGAAGAUGAGGUUGAAAGAAUCUUAUAGAUGAUUGACAUAAAUAGAUCAGGUUAGAUUGAUUUUUCAGAAUUUUGCAUGGCUGCUAUGAAUCAAGAGAAAUUAUUAUCAGUUUAAAGAGUUGAAUAAGCAUUUAAGAUCUUUGAUUAAGUUAAUUAUAUUCAUAAUAUAGAAUGGAGAUGGUUUUAUUUCCAAAUAGGAAUUAGAAGCAAUUAUGGGAGAUUUGGGUGAUGAUGUUUGGAAUUAGAUACUAACUGAUUGUGAUAAUAAUGGAGAUGGAUAAAUAUCUUAUGAAGAAUUUGUUAAAAUGCUAAAGAAUAAAAAACUUUGA